AGGAUUAAUAAUCAACCAUCGAUACAUUGAUUCAUCAUCGCAGGGAUGACAGACGCCAAGCAAAUCAUGGCACAGAAAAGUGCUAAAAUAGCAGCUGGAGCUGUUGUGUGUGUUGAGAGCGAGAUCAGAGGAGAUGUGACCAUUGGUGCCAGAACAGUUGUCCACCCCAAAGCUCGGAUCAUAGCAGAGGCAGGGCCUAUUAUCAUUGAGGAGGGCAAUCUGAUAGAGGAGCAGGCACUUAUUAUUAACAGUUAUCCGGAAAAUAUCAAGCCAGACACAGAGGGAGUGGAGCCGAAAACAAUGACCAUCGGGGCCAAUAAUGUGUUUGAAGUUGGAUGUGUCUCUCAAGCUUUGAAAAUUGGAGACAACAAUGUGAUUGAGUCCAAGGCUGAUCUCGGGAGAAACGUGAUUCUGACCAGUGGAUGCAUCAUCGGCGCGUGCUGCCAGGUCAACACGUGUGAGGUCAUACCGGAGAACACGGUUGUGUACGGUUCAAACUGCAUCCGCCGCGUGCAGAGCGAGAAGCCACAGCCUCAGACUCUGCAGCUCGACUUCCUCAUGAAGAUUCUGCCCAACUAUCACCACCUGAAGAAGACGGCCAAAGGAAGCGGCACACCGGUGAGGAACUGAGACAGAGAUGGAUCCAGAGGUCUUGGUGCACCACACACUAAUGACUCGAUUCCUUCUACUUGCACUUUUCUUUCACUCAAGUGUCAUUCCUUAAUGUCUAAACACCUCUGGCACUGAAAACAACCAUCACACACUCCUCAUAUCUUCCAGCACAUUAGCAGUGCUUUCAUUUGUGACGUGACCAUUUCUGGUGUUGCACUUUUGCUUUCAGAUCAAUAUUAAGCCUAUUUAUGAUAUAUUUUGGACUUGAAAUUGUGCCAUUUGUAUGUUAAGUAAUUCUACUCAUAUAUAUUUAUAACUGUUCCAAUAAAUAUUGCAAUAAAGAUUCCAA